UGCUGACUCGUGCACUGACUUCACUAUACAUUUUGGCGUCAAGUACGGUCAAGAAAGAAGACUCACCUCUAAUCCUCCAGCGCGGCGGCCGGCAGGAUGAGAGGCGGCGCGACCACGUGAGCGGCGCCAUGGGGACGCCGGCGCUGGUGCUGCUGUCGCUCCUCCUGUGGCGACCCGCGCAGUCGCUCGGCCCGCCAGCCGUCAACCGCCACCGGGACGGCGACACGUACACCCCCAUGGGCACGCCCUGCGCGCGCGGGCCCUGCUCGGAGCUGGCGCCGGGACCCUGCCAGUGCCGCUGCCCGCCCGAGGCGCCCGUCUUCCGCGACGACCAGCGCCUCUGCGUGGCCGACGUGCAGGAAUGUCCGGUGGCUCCGUUCACGGGCGGCUCCGGCGAGCAGAAGAUCCCCUUCGUCUUCCUGCCGCUCAAGGGACAGAUCAUCAACCCCAGCUCCGAGAUCAGCUUCGCAGGAAUGACCACUCCUAUCUGCGCAGUGAGCAGUGCGCAGUUCCUCACCAAAGAUGGCUGGGCAGACCUCCAGAACAGCACUUACAGCGAACCACCUUUCAGACUGUUCAGAGACGAAGGAAGGACGUUUCUAAUGUGGCUGGGCGAGGAGGAGCUGUGGGCGCGCAUGGAGGGCCGCCUGGUGCUGGUGCGACUCAUGUGCCGGGACGGCGGGCCGACCCGGGGGCAGAGCCUGUUCGCCCCCUGCGUGGCCUUCAGGGUCGCCGGCACGCCCAGUGAGCGACCAACCCCCGCCCCCUUCACCAUCCCCACGUUCCCGCCACGCAUCCGAGGCGUGGUGUUCGAGUCGCCGGCGCAGGCGCAGUCGCCCGGCCUGAGCGCGUCCGAGUACGUGGCCAUCGCGGCGUGCUCCGUGCUGCUGGGGCUGGUGUACGCCGCCGCCGUGCUGCUGUUCCUGCACGUGCGCCGCCGCCGCAAGGCCCGCCGCGCGAGGGGGGCGGCGGCGGUCCCGGAGGACGGCGAGCGCGAGCCCGUGGUGAAGAGCAACCCGCUGCUCGGCCUGCGCCGCCAGCUGCAGCAGCUGGGCGCCGGCGACCACGCCAGCUGCGCGCAGAGCGACUCCGCCAGCUGCUGCUCCGACCCCGACGACUUCUCCGACGACGUCGUCACCUCGGAGGACGGGGGCCGCACCACGCACAAGGUGACCUCGGCGAUGGUGCACACGUGCAGCGCCCCCGACCUCGGACCGCCGCUCGCGCAGGAGAGCUCGUCCAUCGAGCGCCUGCCCGAGGAGAACGUGUCCAUCGUGGAGACGGAGAGCCGCGACGAGCAGCCCGACACCGUCAAGGCCAUCUCGUGCGGCACGGCGCGGCGCAAGCUGUACUUCAACCCCGCCUACUUCGAGCCGGAGAUGCUGGCGGAUCCUCCAGCAGCAGCCAUAGAGUUCCUUACCAAAAUCAGAGAAGUUAUUUCUAUUGCAAAGCACAAAAUGUCUGCAAAACGGUUUUUGCCAAGCCUGAUUAGGAUACCUGAGGAGGAAAUACCUCCACCAUUUACAAGUCUGUAG